UGCUUCCCCGCCCAUUCCCCGCCCUACUAUGUGCCGAGCCGAUUCCCUUCGAUUGCGUACCGUGGACCCUGAGAUUUGAGGUUGGAAGUGGGUGCACCCAGUAUCCAGACAUUGUCAACCGUAUUUAAAGCCCGCCACCCGUUACGCCAAAAUGCCCGUGCUCGAAACAUUGCCUGAGGAAAUUCUCCUCAUCGUACUCGGAUGGCUCCCGCUUGAGACGUGCGGGCGCCUCCUGCAAGCGUCCAAAGUACUCCAAUCGUUAGGAGCGGCUUACAAGCCUUUCAAAAUAGUCACUACUUUUCGCAAUUUUCUGUUGGAAGGCGACUAUGAGUCCGCUGAACCGGAGGAAGAGGACGAAGUGGAAAGUUUUGGCACGUCUUCCGCACCAGGGUGGGCGGCCUUUGCGAACGGUGUUCUGGUUUUCAAUGAGGGCGACCCGGACACGGACGACUCUCCUGAGGGUGAGCAAUUGGAAGAUAUUCUCACCUCUCCGGGAGAAACGGCAGUGGAGAAGGCGUCUGCACCAGCCCCGUCACUGGAGGCUAUCCGUGCCCGUCUCGAAGGCGCCAAAUAUAGCCCCGAGCUGCCUCAAGGAUGGACGUGCCUUUACAAAAGGUCCCGCGAAUUGGAGCAGUCUGAGUCUGCCGCUGAGGACAUCAUCGUUUUGCAGAUCCCCCGACCUGGCGCGACAGCGCUUGUUUUGAGAUAUGAGCAGGGAAGCGGCUACAUUCGUAGAUAUCAAGAGGUUGACCACUAUCUGUCCAUAUCGAUUGAUCAAGACGACGGGAAAGGUAUUCUGCAAAUCGCGUCGGUGCUGAAGGAGCAUCCGACGGACAGCCUGAGAUAUCGGAAGAUGGCGUUGGACGAAUCCAUGCAACAGCGGUUUGGAUUGGGGACGACUGAAGUAUGGGAUUUGAUUCGAAAGGUCUUCACAGAGGAUCCGUUUCAAAAACUCGAGGCGUUCGAUGUCUUUCGAGAGGUGCUUAGCAUGGAUGUUGAUGGUGUUGCGGUGCCGUACGUCCCCCGAGGCACCCGAGGUGGGAGAACCUCGUACGAAGUGGCCACAAUCGCAGCCGUACACGACCUUGAACAGCAUCGCAAAGAAACGUGGUUCGAAGCCGUCCGCGAAGGGAUGCUCUUCGAACUUGCACAAUUGCAGGGCCGUGUUCAGAUGAAGAACACCUUACCUCGAGCGUUUGAGCUCUUGAACAACAGCGACGCUGACCCUCAACGGAAAUAUGAUUCGCCACCGCGGUUCAAGGACUGUAAGGACGCCUUGGAGAAGGCUCUACCGGGCGCCCUGGCCUUUAGUACUCAAUCGGUGCAAAUCACCGCGAUUGACGUACGUCACGGGCCCCACUCCUACUCAGCCUAUUCGGAUUACGGGAUCAAUGGUUACAUUUGCGACGUGCACUUCCGAUUGAAGCGAAACGAUGCAUCCUUGAAAUUCCGCUACCACGGGCAAGUGACUUGGACACACGACGACGACGAGAAUCUUAACUUGAAAUUGGAUUGUGAUGGCCAUCUCUUGUUACGCUGUGAACAAGACUGGGUUGAGGGGGGUGGUAUACGCAGAGUUGGUCGCUGCGUUCAGUCGGUUUUGAUGGAGGUCAUGGAAAAGCUUCAUUUGCGUGAGGACUAUGCGUGGGACGAGACGGCCUUUGCGAGACUGCUCUGGGCCAUUCCGAGGUGCAUCACGGAGGGAGAUCCAAGAGAAGGGUAUGGGGCUAUUCAUUGGCUGCUGGGCGAGGGCGUUUCGGGGAGUUCUUUGGAUGAGUAGUGUGAGAGUGUGCAUGGCAUCUAGAGUAUCUUCUCUGUCCUUGAAAUCAGAUGAUUCACUUCCAA